CCCCGCAACCGGAAGAGCUCGGGCGCCGCCCGUUCUUCCUCCUGGGGCGGCGGGGCCGUUCGGGCGCCGCCUUCCCGGCGGCCGCGGUGGUGGCGGCGGCGGCGGAAGGUGCCGCGGGGCGGGUGAGCGGCGGAGGCGGAGGCGGGGGGGGGAGGUACCUGCCAGCCUGCCUGCUCUCCCUCCGGUUAUUUCCCAGCGCCGUCCUCGUUCCGCGGCUCUGCCCCUGGGUGGGGAGCGGUGAAACGGGCCGGGCCCCCGAGCCCCCCGGGGCAGCUGCCAUACGGAUGGACAUCAGCCGGAUCUUCUCAUGGGAGCUUAAAUUCCACCUAAAUUAACCUCCAAACAUGAGUGGCUCCAAGCCUGACAUCCUCUGGGCCCCACACCACGUGGACAGGUUUGUCGUGUGCGAUUCGGAGCUGAGCCUGUAUCACAUUGACUCUGCUGUCAGCUCCGAGCCCAAGGCGGGCUCCUUGCGCCUGUCUGAAGAGACCACAGCCACCCUCCUCUCAAUCAACUCGGACACUCCCUACAUGAAAUGCGUGGCUUGGUAUCCCAAGUAUGAUCCCGAGUGCCUCCUGGCCGUCGGGCAGGCCAACGGGAGAGUGGUGCUGACGAGCCUGGGUCAGGACCACAACUCCAAAUGCAAGGAUCUGAUAGGCAAGGAGUUCGUUCCCAAGCACGCGCGGCAGUGCAACACCCUGGCCUGGAACCCCCUGGAUAGCAACUGGCUCGCUGCAGGGCUGGAUAAACACCGAGCUGAUUUCUCAGUGUUGAUCUGGGAUAUCAGCACCAAAUAUGCCCCGGAGACGGCGGUUGCCACGGAGAAAGUGAGGCUUUCAGCAGGAGAGCAGGAAGCUGGGCUGGUGGUGACCAAGCCCCUGUAUGAAUUAGGGCAGAACGAUGCUUGUCUCUCUCUUUGCUGGCUGCCACGGGAUCAGAAGCUGCUUUUAGCUGGAAUGCAUCGAAAUCUGGCCAUCUUUGAUCUGAGGAACACCAGCCAAAAAAUAUUUGUGAACACCAAGGCUGUCCAAGGGGUGACGGUUGAUCCCUAUUUCCACGACCGUGUAGCUUCCUUCUAUGAAGGUCAGGUGGCCAUAUGGGAUUUAAGAAAGUUUGAAAAGCCAGUUUUGACCUUGACAGAGCAACCAAAACCCUUAACAAAAGUCGCCUGGUGCCCAACAAGAACUGGACUGUUAGCUACUUUAACAAGGGAUAGUAACAUCAUUAGGCUGUACGACAUGCAGCACACUCCCACCCCCAUUGGAGAUGAAACUGAGCCCACAAUAAUUGAAAGAAGUGUCCAGCCAUGUGAGAACUACAUUGCUUCAUUUGCUUGGCAUCCCACGAGCCAAAACCGAAUGGUGGUGGUGACUCCCAACAGGACUAUGUCUGACUUCACUGUUUUUGAAAGAAUUUCCCUGGCCUGGAGUCCAGUGACAUCCUUAAUGUGGGCUUGUGGACGACAUCUCUAUGAGUGUACAGAAGAAGGAAAGGCAAGUUCCUUGGAAAAAGACAUAGCCACCAAAAUGCGGCUCAGAGCUCUGUCAAGGUAUGGUCUGGAUACUGAACAAGUCUGGAGAAAUCACCUCCUAGCUGGAAAUGAAGAUCUCCAGCUGAAAUCGCUUUGGUACACUCUGCAUUUUAUGAAGCAGUAUACUGAAGAUAUGGAUCAAAAACUUACAGGAAACAAAGGUCCCUUAGUUUAUGCUGGAAUUAAAUCAAUUGUGAAGUCAUCUUUGGGAACAACAGAGAACCUCAGGCAGAGCAGAAGUGGAGCUGAUAGACAGGCAGAUAUUAUCCAGUAUCUGAGUGAGGAGAGAUCCUUGGCUUUGCAGCUCUGUGGAUGGAUAAAAAAGGGAACAGACUUAGAUGUGGAGCCUUUUUUAAAUUCAUUGGAGCAGGAGGGAGACUGGGAGAGAGCUGCUGCUGUAGCACUUUUCAACUUGGACAUACGGCGAGCAAUACAAAUUCUAAAUAAAGGGGCUUCCUCAGGAAAAGGUGACCUGAACCUCAAUGUAGUAGCAAUGGCUCUGUCAGGCUAUACAGAUGAGAAGAACUCACUUUGGAGAGAAAUGUGCAGUACCCUAAGGCUGCAAUUGAACAAUCCCUACUUGUGUGCUAUGUUUGCUUUCCUGACAAGUGAGUCUGGCUCAUACGAUGGUGUUUUGUAUGAAAAUAACGUUGCCGUGCGAGACAGAGUGGCAUUUGCUUGCAAGUUCCUCAAUGAUGCUCAACUGAACAGGUUUAUUGAGAAGCUGACAAAUGAAAUGAAGGAUGCUGGGAAUUUAGAGGGAAUACUGUUAACAGGGUUGACAAAGGAUGGAGUGGACUUGAUGGAGAGUUAUGUUGACAGGACUGGAGAUGUCCAGACAGCAAGCUAUUGUAUGCUACAGGGUUCUCCAUCAGAUGUACUUAAGGAUGAGAGGGUUCAAUACUGGAUUGAGAAUUACAGGAAUCUUCUAGAUGCUUGGAGGUUUUGGCAUAAACGUGCAGAAUUCGAUAUCCAUAGGAGUAAACUGGACCCCAGUUCAAAACCUUUGGCACAGGUGUUUGUGAGUUGCAACUUCUGUGGGAAAUCAAUCUCUUACAGCUGUUCAGCUAUUCCUCAUCAGGGACGAGGUUUCAGCCAAUAUGGAGUUAGUGGCUCACCAACCAAGUCAAAAGUUACCAGUUGUCCUGGCUGCCGUAAACCUCUUCCUCGCUGUGCACUUUGCUUGAUAAAUAUGGGAACACCAGUUUCCAGUUGUCCAGGAGGAUCCAAGUCAGAUGAAAAAGUGGAUCUUAGCAAAGACAAGAAGUUAGCCCAGUUCAACAACUGGUUUACUUGGUGUCACAACUGUAGACAUGGUGGACAUGCUGGGCAUAUGCUGAGCUGGUUCAGGGAUCACACUGAGUGCCCGGUUUCUGCCUGCUCUUGUAAGUGUAUGCAACUGGACACAACAGGGAAUCUCAUUCCAGCAGAGACUGUCCAGGCAUGAAUAAAGUGAAAAUGUGGGGCUCUCUAGUGGAUGUCCAUCCUAAUCCAAGCAUAUAUUUCAGACAAAGGUCGUUUGUGACUUACUGUGAAAAAAUAAAUUGCUGUCAGAUUAGUAAAA